GUUGACUAAAAUAUUAAAUUAGUCAACGGAGUUGACAUCCAGAGUGGACUCCAUUCUCAAAUUCCUGCCAUUACUCCAUUCCUUUCCAACCAGGAAGCUUCAUUUCCCUUUUGGUCUCCAUUCCUCUCUCUAUUCUUUCAGUGUAAAACCCAAUUGGCGAUUGGCCCCCACAAUUAUCGGGUACCAAACCAAUUGUUCUUCUUCCGGUCUGGUACUUGCCCCGACACACCUUCACUUUCUCACUAUUUUUUUGCAAGCACAAGAUUCCGGCAUUCCAUACUCUUGUUUACUUGUUUUCCAUUUAUGUAAUUUUGUUUUUCCUUUUAAAUUUAGGGUUCUUUCACUCAGAUCUUUUGCUUCCCCAGUUUGAUCAGUUUGAAAUCAACUGGGUUCUUGCUGGAGUUUGAUGGGGUCAAUUCUAAAAUGGGUUUUUCCGUUAAUGAUUAUUGGAUCAGUGUUUCUGCUGGGGAAUGUUUCUUCAACUAAGGAUGACUACAAGCGCUGUGAACUUGCUGUAAACAAGUGGGCAACUUCUCAACUUAGUCAACCAGUUGAUAAUAAACAUACUCUUCGUGAUCUAUUGUUUUUUCUACAUGUACCAAGAACCGGAGGACGCACCUAUUUUCAUUGUUUCUUGAAAAAGUUGUAUGCGUCUCAUUUGGAAUGUCCUCGUUCUUAUGACAAAUUGCGGUUCAACCCACGAAAAGCACAUUGCAGGUUGUUAGUCACUCAUGAUGAUUAUAGCAUGAUGACCAAGCUUCCCAAGGAAAAAACGUCAGUGGUCACAAUACUAAGAAACCCUGUUGAUCGUGUAUUUAGUACAUACGAAUUCUCAAUUGAGGUAGCUGCUAGGUUUUUGGUGCAUCCUAAUUUAACUUCUGCUACACAAAUGGCUGGGCGUAUACGAAAGAAAAACAAUGUAGUUAGCACACUAGAUAUUUGGCCUUGGAAGUAUUUGGUUCCAUGGAUGAGAGAAGACCUUUUUUCCAGGAGAGAUGCAAGGCUUGGUGACAACCUAAAUCAUGUUGUAGGUGAAAACUCAUACAACAUGCAAGACUAUGCUAUGCCUUUACAUCAAUACAUCAAAGAUCCAAUAGCUUUAGAUAUCGUUCACAAUGGAGCUACUUUUCAGGUUGCUGGGCUUACAAAUAACUCUAAUUUAGCGGAGUCCCAUGAAGUGCGCACUUGCGUUCAGAAGUAUCAUUCCCUGGGUACAUCCGUACUAGAAGUGGCUAAGAGGAGAUUGGAUAACAUGUUGUAUGUUGGACUAACUGAGGACCAUAAAGGAUCUGCAACAACAUUCGCACAUGUAGUUGGUGCUCAGGUCAUUUCUCAGUUAGUAGGGUUAAAUUCUAGCACGGAAUAUCAAGCUAACAAUAUUACAGAAGAAAGCUCGUCGCUUUCGGAGUUUGAAUCUCAAAAAGGUCAACACAAGAGUAUCCCAAAUCCAAUUGUUAAUAAUCCAGGAACGGUUUCACCAGUGUUUGGAAAGACCAAAAAAAGUAUGACUGUCGGAGAACUUAUGAAAGCUUAUGAAGGGUGCAUUACCAAUUUGCGGAAGUCACAGUCGCAGAGACGAAUUAAUUCCCUUAAGAGAAUUUCUCCCGUCAACUAUACAAAAGAGGCACGACACCAGGUACCUCAAUCGGUGAUUGAGCAGAUAAUUUCACUAAAUAGGCUUGAUAUGGAGCUUUACAAGUACGCUCAAAAUAUCUUUGAUAGGCAACAUGCACAAACAGUACAGAAGUUGGAAGGACAAGACAGCAUCCUGAUGAACGCAUUCGGAGAAAAACCUUGUGAAAACAUGUUUUUGAUCAUGGCCAUUGUUUCGGCGGUUCUAGUAGUAUUAUUAUAUGUAAAUGCAAGAAGAAGAAUGUUUAAAGUUAAGGUAUGAUAUAUUAGCGAAACAAGGCAGGUGCCAAAAUGUUUGUAGAGAAAGGAACGACACUGUGCAAUGCGGCAUCUGAUGUUUUCGAGUUAUGCAGCGGGCUUCAAAAAUAUUGAAGGGGCGUUAGCCGGCUAAUGAAAACACCGUAGAUUGGCCCUAAAGUAUGAUCAAUGAUGUAUAUCUAGCCCUUCUCUUCCAACUCUCAGUGAGACGAUUUUCUUGGCUUUUGGGACUUUGAUUUUUGAGGUCGACAUUGAUUUAUUUGCUGCUCAUUUUGCCCGAGUUCGUCGCAGCUGAGACAAAGACGUUUCUUCUUGCGGAAAUCCUUUUCUAAGUCUAAACUGUGAGAUUGAAAUGUGUUGCUUAGACUUGAGCUCCACAUAGAAUGUAACUAGUUAUACAAUAGUUUUGCAAAUUUGCAAAAGGGUAAUUGGGUUAACUAAUUGUAUCAUUUUUCGGAAUUGGUUUUAUUUCGUACAUCUUGGUUCAGCGUA